GUAAUCAAAAUAUUAUCCGUUCGCCGUUGCGUUUACGAUCGCGCGUUCGAAUUAGCCUGCCUCGUUUAACGGCCAGUUUCAGUGGCUCGUUAAUUCGGAAGGAAAAACGAUAUAAGAAGCCGCGCGAGAAAUCUAACAGUGCAACAACAGUCGGUGUCGCGAUCGACGCGCGUCCGCCGAAUUCGAUUCAACGGGAACGUUUAACCGAGCCGACGGAAGAAUCUCGCGGACUUCGUCUUAUCGUCCGCGGAAGAUGCAGAAGUUCUCGCUGCCGUUCCUGGCUUUUGCCAUCGUCGUCGCGUUCUUCCCGUCCGCCGAGGCCGACGGUUCGGUAAGGGGCGGCGAGUGUUCCAAGAGGAAAGUAUGUUCGUUGUCGGACGUCAGCUUGGACGACGACGAGCUCGGCAAGCGAAUGUACGUGAUCUCCACGUCCGUGAAAAACGCCGGCAAAAUCUCGUGCGCACCCUCUUUGAAGAGGAACGAUUACGUUGUCACGCGAGGCUUGGGCGCCCACAAGCUGCAGAGGGACAAGGUGUCCUGGAACGAAGCGCGAAAGGCUUGCAUGAUGGAAGGAGCUAACUUGGCCCUGUUAGAUUCCGCGGAAAAAGAAGCCCUGUUCAGAGGCUGGAUGGACAAAGAGUCGUUGGCGGGUCUCUGGUUAGGCUUCCACGAUCUGUACGAGGAAGGCUCCUGGACCACCGUGACCGGCGAGAUGGUCGACGGGUUCGCCUAUUACCCGUGGGCCAAGGGCGAGCCCGACAAUUGGAACAGACAGGAACAUUGCGCCAUCCUCUGGGCGCCGCGUAUCAACGAAUUCGGGGCGGACGACUACACGUGCAAUCACAAGGCCGCGUUCGUCUGCGAAAUCAAUUUGUGCGAUUCCUUGGGCCCCCUUGGCCUUUCCGCCGCUAAUUCGACCCUGCCGUCAAGGCCCGAUUCGCAUUUAAGCGUGCCUCGCGAUCCCACGAGUCCCGAUACCGACGAUGAUAAUUCGUUCGGGUAAGAAUUUUCGAGCCGCGUCAAGAUUUUAUGCACUCGGUAUCAAUUUUCGAUAAUCAUACUUCAGGAAUCGAUGCUUACUUUGAUACUUCAGAGAUGGUACAUCGAUACCUCUGUAAUACCUUACGGAGACAUCGAUGCCCGUUCGAUAGCUCUGCGUAAGCAUCGAUACAGUAACGUCUCCCUAACCGACGCUCGGAUUGUGCAGAAAAAUGGACAAUUUCGGAAGAGGAGAUACGAUUAUU